AUGGGUGUUGUUCCAAUUCCAUUAACAGUUUCUCACACAUCCAACGUUCCAAUCGAAGUGAAAUUUUCAUUGAAACCCUCCUGCAAAAUAUGCUCCAAUGAUUUCAGUGAGUUUUCAAAAAAUCCAAAUCCCUCCUAAAAAUAUGAAUUUUUCAGAUGACAAAGAUCAUAUUCCAAAACUCCUUCAAUGUGGUCACACUUUCUGCUCCAGUUGCAUCAAAAGAAGCGUCGAAUCAAAGUGAGUGAGAAAAAAUUAAGGUUUUUUUCUAUAAAUACAUUCAAAUUUUCAAUUUUCAGCAAGUUUUCGUAUUCUGGAGACGGCGAUGUUUUUCGACAUUUUAACUGCUUCACAUGUAAGAAAGAAAGUGAACUUGAUACAAACAAAUCGGAUUAUGGAUUUCCUUCGAAUUUUCAAUUGAUGGAAGUUUUGCAGCCAAGUGAUACAAGAAGUUUGAAAUGUAUCGAAUGCCAUGCUGAUUCUAAUGAAUGUAUGAUGCAAAUCUGUAGAAUGUGCACUAUAAACAAUUUCAAAUUUGAUAUUGUGAAAAUCGAUCACGAAGAUGUAAGUUUUUCAAAUUUUCACAAAUAUUUUUCUAAAUCCGCAUUUUCAGUCGGUCACCGACCCAGAUAACUUCGCCAUUUGCUCUACUUGCAUUCUCAGAAAACACAAAGAUCAUAUAUACAUCGAUUUUUAUCCAAUUCGAAGAUUUUGGCAUUUAAAAAAUGUUUUGCGAGAUGUCAAAGUUGCGAAAGCAAGUUAUGAUAAAUUCUUCUGCGAGGCCCGUGAAAUUAUGGAUAAAACGCCACGUUUGUUGACAAGAUUUCAAGAUGUAAGGCAGUUUUAUGAAUUAAUAUCUAUAUAUUUAAGUGAAUAUUUCAGGAAACUUCUCGAAUGAUUGAAUUGAUGUCAUAUGCAAAAUCGAGUCAUCAACUCAAAUAUAUGGAAAAACGUUAUGAAGAAGAAAUGAAAAAAGUUGUUGGAGUAGCGAAAUGUAUCAAGGAUUCACUUAUAAAAGUUAACGGCGAUAUCGAAAAGAAUUGUUUGACUUUGCGAGAUGAAAAUGAUAAUUUGAAAGGAACUGCGUGUGAUGAGAACAUCCAAAAUAUUCAAGAAGUUCUCAAAGUUUUUGGCCCUUCAGCACCACCUGAAGAAGAAGAAGUUGAAGUUAAGCAGGAACAUGUGCCAGAAAUAAUUCCAACUCCUUUUGUUCUCUUGAAAAAUAUCAUUGAAUUGAUUUGGUUGAGCAUUUCUUGGACAACUCAAGUAACUCUUGAGGAAACCAAAAAAAUUAUUGAGAAACAAAAAGAUUCGCAGAUCAGAGUUGGUGAGUUUUUAUAUUUUUUCUCUGACGAGUUUCAGAUAUAGAAAAUCAUUUUUGUUUCAGGAUAUGUUUCGAUUCACCCAAAAUUCAUCAUUUUUUCGUUCUCAUUCACUGUUGUUCUUUCAAUUUUGGCCAUGAUUUUCAAGAUUUUAUUUUUCUGA